CACUGUCAAAUGUUAUAAAAAAUGUGGACUUUGACAGCGCUCUCUCAAAUCAAAGAGUUUGGUUUUAUCCAUGCCCGGCACUACUUCAACACAUUAAACAGGUAGCUCUGCUUUUACACACAGAUUCUUUUGUAACCCAAACCGGUUUAUUGUUGGCGAGGGGACGACGAGGAAAGACGAAGGGACCGUACCACUCGUGUUCGGGUGGCACGCUUUGUUCUUGUUUGUAACAGCUCGCUCCUCCCCUUUUCAGCAUUCCUUUUCACUUUCAAAUUCUUUGAAUGGUUGCAAUUGCGCUCGGUUUCAAAUGAAUUCGUUCACAAAUUUGAAUUCUGUUAUUUAUUUUUUGUAUGUGAUAUGCAAAUAAAUGUAGGUAUGCAUAGAAUAAUAGUAAUAGGUAUUUUGAAAAAUUGUAAAUAAGGAUAAAAAUAAGAUACUCAAAAAUAUUUUUUUGAACCGCGUACAUAGUUGCAGUUAUUUGGAAGUUGUGCAUUAGAAGAGACGAUAUAUUCAAAUAUUUUAGAAAAAAAUGGAAUAUGAGGAUAAAAUUGAACUAAUGACACAUAUUUUUGAAUGUAUUGAGGAAGCCAUGGAAGUUGAUUCGGAUGAUUGUGAAAAGGAAGACAUAUGUGAAGAUCUAUUUAAUAUGUUCGAUAAAGUGGCAGAAAUGCCUAUAGAGAAAAAGAAAAGGCAAUGGGUAAAGGUAUGGAGAGAAAAACGAUCAGUAAACGGUUCGCAUUCAUUUUUAAUAAAGGAACUACUCUCGCUCGAUAAAAAUGAGUAUAAAAAUUAUGUAAGAAUGUCAGACAAUCAAUUUGGUUUUAUACUAUCUGCAGUAAAUGAAGAUUUAUUAAAGGAGGAUACUAGGAUGCGUGCAGCAAUUUCUCCAGCGGAAAAACUAUCGCUGACUCUACGUUUUCUUGCCACAGGAGAAACGUUUCAGAGUUUGAACUUUGCUUCAAAAAUUUCGACUUCUGCGAUUAGUGGAAUAAUUCCAGAGUUUCCAAGCAGUUCCUCCGAGUGGGUUUCUAUAGCCAAUGAAUUUGCGAUAAGAUGGCAAUUUCCAAAUUGUCUGGGCGCAUUGGACGGCAAACACAUAACCUUUAGGCCGUCGCGAAAAGAUGGAGCCAUUUAUUACAACUAUAAAGGCACAAAAAGCACAAUUUUGUUGGCCCUCGUUGAUGCAAAUUGUAAAUUUAUUUUUGUGGAUAUAGGUUGUAACGGCCGAUGUAACGAUGCAGGAGUCUUCUUGCAAAGUAAACUUUCGGAGGUGCUGCGAGAAGAGAGAAAUUUACCAACAAAUUCAACAAUAGGAAAUAAUAGAUGUCUCCCAUAUGUGAUGGUUAGCGAUGAUGCUUUCCAGCUUCAGACGCACUUGAUGAAGCCAUACCCCUACCAUACCAACUCUCGCGAAAAGCAAGUUUUCAAUUCGCGCCUUUCUCGCGCCAGACAUGUUGUUGAGCAUUCCUUCGGGAUUCUGGCAAACAGAUUCCGAAUCUUCCUUGCUCCAAUAAAUUUAAAAGUAGAGUCUGUACAAAAAAUUACACUGGCUUGCUGUGUUCUGCACAACUUUUUGGGAACAAACAAUAACAGUGGGUUAAACUCAUUGAGUUUUACAACCUAUGGAUCUCCGGAAGCUACUGGUGGUAACAACAAUCCGCGGAGAGGAGGAGCAGAAGCUAUUCGACAAGAAUUCAUGGCAUACUUCAACAACGAAGGAAAAGUUGAUUGGGAGCUGUAAUUGUUGUUUAGCAGUAUUCAAUGUAAUAUCAUAAUUGAAUUUUAAUAAAAAUGGAGUUAUUUUUACUUUUCUAUAUUUACAUAAAAA